AUAAGAAGUGCUUUGAAAACCGCUUCGCAGCAUCAGAGCUCCGGCAUCAAUCGUACACUUGGCCUACUACUUACUAUCCGCUGCCUAUCGAGUCACCGCGUGACGCUCUCCCGUCAUAGAUACAUUGUUACGAGGAGAAAAACAGGGAAAUAAUCAACUAGAUUCUUUCCUAUCAAGAAAAUCUCUAUUUCCCACGCAGAUGAUGUGGAGUCUGUGGAUCCUGUUGGGAACUCUCGGUGUGGAUGGCUAUGCGAUGCACGACCUGCACGAGCGUCUGUCCCACGGGCGUCAGCUGAAGAUCUACCUCCCGAAGAGCUCUUCAAAGCUGGAGUUCACCCCUGCUGCAGAGCCCGCGAAGACCUACCUGUACUGGGACCAUGGUGCCCGGACCAACAAGGGACGGGUGUCUGGGACAGGGACUGACAGGCGCUGGUAUCUGGACAAGGUGACGUACGAGGACCAGGGAACCUACGUCCAGAGAGACCACUGGAACAAGGAGAUCUCCUCACUCAAAGUGGCCGUGAACACCAGGCAUGAGUACCCGAAGUGCGUGGCGGGCGAGGACCUCUACAUCUCAUUGGAGGGCAUUGACCUAGCCGACGCCCAACUCUCCUUCUCUGGCGCCGACGCCAAUGUCACCCUGGUGCAUGAUGGGGCCAUGGUCGCCCAGGACCACCCGGACUACUGGAACCGGGUCAAGACCUACUCCACCAAGAUCACCAUCGAGAACGUCAACACCACGGACGUGGGUUACUACACGCUGAGGGACAGGAGAGACAGGGUGGUCUCCAUCAUCAGGAUGGAACUCACAGACCACCAUGACUAUGAAGCGGCUAACCCCCUCAUGGCCCUUCUCCUCCUGCUGGGGAUCCCCGCAGGUAUCUGCUGCUGUUGCCAGAAGAAGAUCUUCAAGAAGAAAGCCCCCCACCCCACAGCCGUCCUCCAGGGGACCCCCGAGACUCUGCACCCUCCUCCCGGCUACAAUAUCCCUGGAGGGGUGUCCCCUGGACCUGGUGGCCCGGUAUUUUAUCACGGCCCAGGCCCAGAUCCUAACAUGGGAGGUUACCCCCAGGUCUACUCUCCCCCCAACCCUGGGAUGCCUGGCCAGCCUCAGUGGACUGGACCCCCAUUCCAACCAGGGUUCAACCCAGGCUACCACCCACAGGACCCUAUGUAUCCCCCCGCCCAGCCCCUGCAGUGGAACGGCCCGCCGCCCAACCAGCCACAGUAUAACCCUGGUGCUCCUCCUAUGUGGAGUGGGCCGCCUAACCAGUAUCAGUAUCCCAUGGCUCCGAUGGGGUAUGCUCCAGUGAUGUACAGUGCCAUGCCUCCAGGUGAGCCAGUGAAGGAGGAGAUAAAGAUGGAGAACAUGUCUCCUGCUGAUCCCCUCCUCGCCCACCCCCCACAACCCCCCCAGGCAUCAUCGCCCUCCGCCCCCGUGCCUGCCUCUGACGUCCUCCACUCCUCGGACGGAGCCUACCAGUUUAACAUCGACACAGGAAAGAACACCACCACCAACACCACCAACUUCCUGUAGAACACCACCCAAUGGCCCAAUCAGGAGCGGCCUUUUCAACUUAAUGGGGGCUCGUCCCAAUACGUCUCAAUUGCUUCCUUUCCACGUCUCCUCUCCUCGUUGCUUUCCCUGUGUGACCACUGAUAUUAAUGGGAGGUAUAAACCAUGGGGGCUGUUUGCGAUUCAAUUUAGGGAGGUGGUAAACAAGAGAAGUGCUAAUGAAUUUACCCACGAAAAUGCAGUGAUCCAUUCUCACAACAACAACAAAAAACAGCUGACAUAACUAGGUCCCGAGCUGUGUUUUUAUUCACUGUUUUUUUUUUACCCCCUACCCCUUUCACAUAAACAAAGGUAACAGAAUGUAAAAAUAAGGGGUUUUGCCUCUGUGUAAAUGGGGUAUUAGUGAAGGAAAGGAGAUAAGGAAAGUUGGUAAUUGGAAUAUGCCCCUAUUUCCUGUAUAGGGACAGGAAGUGUCCAUUAGCUGUGAUACAGAGCCUGUCAAAAUGGCUGAAACGGACAAUGGAAGCAUGGGAUUGGUGCAAGAAUGGCUGAAGGUAGUUACCACCAUAUUCCCCGUCCAUUUAUUUUAAAUAUACUAGGGGGAUUGUACGAGUGCACACUUCGGGAGAAGGGUAGAACAUUGGAAUGGAGCCAGAGUCUAGGGGUGAGGGUUGAGAAGGCAGUAGAAAAGGUCGGUUAUGUUACAUUUAUUGGUUUUAAACGUGUAGCCUUAGAUUUUUCUAACUUGUCUUUUUUUAAACUCAACAGUAAAAGAUGGUAUCUAUGAAACACUCCAACUGCCAACCAUCUCGCGAAAAAACAAAAAAAACAAACACGAUCAUUAUCCAAACAGAGAACCUACAUCACACCCAGUCAUGAUCCAACCAGAGAACCUACAUCACACCCAGUCAUGAUCCAACCAGAGAACCUCCAUCACACCCAGUCAUGAUCCAACCAGAGAACCUCACAUC